AUGAGGCAGUCUUCUCUACCACUUGAGGAUUUGCAUAUAUGGGCCCAUUUCAAUGAUGUUCAGCUCCUAGAGACAUCGAUCGAGCCGCAUAUCAUCAGAGAGGAUGGUACUGACAAAGGUGGUGGCCUGCUCGCAAAAGGUGAACAUGGCCCGGGAAAGCCCCUCGUUGCUGUUCCUCGCGAGCUGGUUCUAUCCAAAGAGCGAGUCGAGCAAUAUGCCAAGGCAGAUCAGAGCCUGAAGGAGCUCAUUGAGGCGGCAGCUCCCUUAGUUCAGAAUCCUCGGACAGCAGUGCUACUGUUUCUCGUCUACCAAAUGACGAUCAACAGCCCGAGCUCUCCAAGCCACGGUUUGGGAUUCAACAAUCCUUUUGCUGGCUACGUCAAAAUGCUUCCACAUUCAAUCCCGCUGCCAACUUUCUACACAGCUGAGGAAAGAGAAUUACUCGUGGGGACCUCUCUCUCGGACGCAGUGAGCCAGAAAUUGAUCAGUCUGGAACGGGAAUUCGACAAUUUAAAAGCCGCGACUGCAAAAAUCCCCUGGUGCCAAGAGAUCUGGUGGAGUGAAAGCGCAGAUUGUUUGACCCUGGAAGACUGGAAACUUGCAGAUGCAAUGUACCGCUCUCGUGCACUGGAGCUGCCCCAAAGCAGAGGCGUCGGCAUGGUUCCAAUCAUUGACAUGGCGAAUCAUGCCUCUGACGACCGGUAUAACGCCAGAUUCGAGGUGGAUGAAGACUCAGGAUCCGUGCUACUCGUCGUACGAGAUGACAGACAUAUCCACCAAGGAGACGAGAUUACCAUAAUGUAUGGCUGCGGCGGCGCAUGUGAAAUGCUGUUUUCAUACGGGUUUCUAGAAGAGCACGCGAACAGUGCUAGGGAAAUAUUCCUGAAUUUGUCCAUUCCAUCCGACGACCCUCUGCGACUGGCCAAAAUCCAGUUCGCGCAAGCAGCGCCAGGGGUCCGCAUUUAUGUGGAUGAUUCAAAUCAGGUACAUUGGGAGAGCACUUUUGUCUGGUGGGCAUGUAUCAAUGAGGAAGACGGUCUAGAUUUUCGAGUGGAGCAGACUAUCGACGGAGAUACGGAGCUGAAGGCUUCGUGGAAAGGUCAGGCACUCGCUACAGACACUUUAUUACAGUCGGUAUUGCUGGCAGAUCACCUCCGAGACAUCUUCGUCCUGCGAGCGACAGUCACAAUCCAAGAAAGGAUUGAAGAUCAGGGAUCACGCCUCGCCGAAUGUGAAGAGCAAUAUAACAACACUGAUUGCAGCGAUCAAGUCAGGCAUUCAGUAUAUGGGGCGAUCGGAAAACUUCGGAGCCUGGAAAUGGAGCUCCUGACCAGGGCGUAUGAGACGCUCGAGGGAGAGAAGUCACAGCUCCUGAAGUCAUCCAUCGUCCGUGACUACUUGGCACAAGGCAACGGCAGCACGGAGUCGCCAGAUAAUACCCCAGAUGAUUUUGCAUGA